AUGUCAAACAACAACGAUAUACGACAUAUUUAUAAAUUCAAAUUAUUAGAUGGAAACAACCACAUUAUAGAUUUCUCCAAAUUCCAAAACAAAGUCAUCAUUAUAGUCAACGUAGCUUCAUAUUGCGGGUUUACUCCUCAAUAUAAAGAACUUCAAUUAUUAUAUUCGAAAUAUCAUUCCCAGGGAUUAGAAAUUUUGGGAUUCCCUUGUAAUCAAUUCGGAAAUCAAGAACCAUUAGAUGAAGAACAUAUUGUAGAAUUCACCCAACGGAAAUUUGGAAUUCUGUUUCCAAUUAUGAAAAAAGUUGAUGUGAAUGGUGAUGAUGAAUCUGAAUUAUAUACAUAUUUGAAAUCAAAAAGGCUGGGAACGUUGGGGUUUAGAGGGAUAAAAUGGAAUUUUGAGAAGUUUAUUGUUGAUAGACUGGGAAAUGUUGUUAAUAGAUUUAAUUCAAUGGUAACGCCACUACAAUUUGAACAAUACAUAGUGGCAUUAUUGAAUCAGUAA